AUGCCGACUCAAGGCCCGUCGCCGCCGCAAGGACAUACCUUCCUCAGCGAAAUCGACGUGCCUGGAACGGAGUGGAUGGUGGAUUCGGCAGACUUCAUGGAGAAGGAGGGUGGCAUCGAAACCGUCGGCGACCUCGCGCUGUUGGAUGUGGACAACAAGGAACUCGUGCUGAAGUUGACGCGAGCUAGUGAUUAUGGCGCUGCGCGAAGGAUGGUCUGGCGCUGGAAGGGCGCUGCCGCAGACCUUUUAGAAGUGGAGCUCGCCGACAAGCCGCCGCCGAUGCAAACGAUGCAGAAGGACUCGAUUGCUGCGGCGGAGGCGCGGGCCGCAGCGGCGGCUUUCGAGGAAAAGAUCGCAGCGAGCGCGCACGAUCCUCGGACGCGGCCCUGGUAUUUUACGGAACUCAGCAAGGUGUCUGGUGCGGAGUGGUCUUUAGCGAAGGCACUCGCCUUCGAGAAACGAGGCAUCAAAACCGUCGGCGACCUCGCGCGAGCGUCCGUCGACGAGGAAAAGUACGUCCGGGUCGUGUCGGCAGCCAAGGACUUCAGCAAAGCGCAAGCGUCUUUCUGGAAGUUGAAACGCGCGGCCGCGGCCCGUUUAGAUGUGGAGAUCGGCGCGGUGCCACCGAAACAAAGUGUAGCGAAGCCGCGGCCAGCGAAGCACCAGCACGUGCCCGACGGCGUCGCGAAUCGUUUCGUACCCUGGCUCAUCGGUUGAUUUUCACACAGGUCCUCGAUACGGUUGAUCGCUGGGUGAAACACGUGUCCAAGGAGGCGACGUUCCCCGCGGACUACGUGAACGCGCUGGUGGUCAUCGCGCGGCGACGGAAAGCUUAG